UACUUACGUCUGAAAGAAUGCGUUGAGCGAAGUCCUGUCGCACCCUUUCAACAAAAGUGGCUGGAUGCCAUGUUGGCCCGAGUAUCCCCUCAGCUCCGCCAGGGACCCGGCAGACUAGAGCUACUGGAAGAGAUAUGCAGGGAGGUCAGUGAGAGCUAUCUCAGAGUCAUGAUCAAGCACAGAGUAAAUACUACACUAAAAGAUCCACGGUCACCAGAUCUUGCUGAAGAAAAUAAUGCAACUGCAGAGAUUCUAGAUUUCUCCUGUCCAUGGCAUGACAGUUAUGUUCAGAGUCGAAAGGAGAUAAAGAAGAAUCUACACAUAUUACAUCCAGUCAUGAAAAGCGUCCUCGAUAUUUGUUACAGCACAUUCUCCAAUCUGCUCCUCAUUGAUCUCUCAAACUGCAGGUCUGCAGGGCCUGUAGACUGUGAGAGCCUGAGCAACAAAGUGGCUGUGGAGUGUGAGAGAGUCGAGAAGACGCUUAUGAAAUCCUGGUUCCCCAAAGUCAUUCACCUUCUCACCAGCAAAGACACCCUUCAGAGGGUGAAACCCAGAAGGCUUGACUCCUUUCACAACUGUGCCUCAACACUGAUAUCUAACCAGCUGAAGACACUAAUUGAGAGGAGUGUGGUGGAAUUUGUCAGCCUCUUUGAUCCUCUUAAUAUCAGCAAGCUCCCGCUAUUUAAGAUGGACUUGAUAUUUGAUGAUGAAAAGAUGGAUUUUUACCCCAGCUUUCAUGAUCUAGAGGAGGCUGUGCUGGAAAUUUUAAACCUCAUCAGCAAUACCAUGCAGAAAGUACAGACGUCCCAGUCAUGGCUAGAAGAGGUCAACAAUCCUGUCGUGGAUGCCAAGCUUCCAGAUCAUGUUCAGAUGUGGGCACAGAACACACUUAGAAAAGCUGUGAGGAAAAACUUGGAAGGACCUUCCAAACACUUACAGAGCUAUGUUAAUUCAUAUGACUGGUUAGUCAAUGGAACCGCACAGGCACAAGUGGAAAUGUUAAUGAAAGAAGAGCAUUCUUUUGAAGAGUACACUAAGCAAGUGGACCAUUUUAGGUCAUUGUCACAGGAGAUAUCUGGUCUUCCCUCUUUGAUGCAUUUUGACAUGGUACGACUAGACUGUAAGGAGCUCAAGCAAGGCCUUACAAAGAAAGCUGACACCCUUUCCGAAGUUCUUGUGGGGAAGCUUGUCAACUCGCUACAUCAAUCCAGUCUUCAGAUCUGUAAAGAAAGUCCCUGAGACAACAGAGGAUAUGACACCGAUGAUAGCUUACAUUGACCAUGUAAAAACCAAAGAAAUAAAGGAGCUUAACAACAGGAUAAUAGUGGGUAUCUCUUUUUUUAUUAUUGCAUGUUUAUAUCUACGUGUCCUUCUGUGAAUAAUAAUUAAAAUGACAACUGUUUAUUAGGGUUGUGACAAUUAAUCGGGGCAAAUGCGCGUUUUCUCAAUGAAUGAAUUUGAAUGAAUUGCGGUGAAAUGCUGCCACAUUCAAAAGCCAGAGGGUGUCUUGUGCAGAAACUCUAUUUGUGCCACAGAAGAAGUAUCAUUACAAACACUAUUCCAGGAAAUAUCUAGAGGCGUAUUUAUAUGGCGGUUCUUCAGAUUGUUUCAGGUAUUUUCAUGAUAAUAGAGAAUAUUUUGGAUGAUUGUGUUU